UCUUUGUUGCUAGGACAACGUUUGGCCGCCAGCCUCACCAAAAAUAAUGUGCUCGCCAGAGUAAAUAUCAGCGUUAAUCAAAGUAAAGAAAUCUGAUCAUUGAAAACCGGGUCAUCUGCACGGGGCAUGCAGCGACGUCAUAAUGGCUGUUCCAGUGUGGGAUCUCCCCAUCCCGCUGCCUGCCAUCGUCAUGAUUUCAGUUGGACUCUAUAUGGUUUUUCUUGCGGUCAUGCUGUGGUGUCAUCACUGUCUCAAGGCUAAGUGUGAUCCUCAGUGUUCAGACUGCUGUGCGGGUUUCUCUCCGUGCGAGUACUGUUUAGUGUGUGCACAGUCAUGUGACUGCCGUCCUCCAUCUCUGAGAUCCUGUCUGGACAACUCAUGCCCUUCUCCUAAUUGUACCAUGAUGGAUUGUGCCUGUACUUGUCAACCGCCAGAGUGCGACUCCAUCAACUGCAUCUGCUUCGAGAUCAAGUUCAAAUAGAAGUUUAAAUUUUUAAAUAGAAAAGUGGAGGGAAGAAAGAAGAUGUCCACCCACCUCAUUAUAACAGAUGCCUUACAAACUCUUUGUGAUACUUGAGUAUGUUUUACACAAAAACUUUCAUCGUUCUGUAACGUUUGCAUAAUUUAGGAAACAUUACAGCAUCUCCAACAAAUCAAAGCAAUUGAUGAAAUGAAAAAUCUAACAUGAAAAUUUCAAACAUGACUUUUUAUGACUAUUUUUCUCUUGCUAAAGUGUCAUAUGAGAGUUAUUGGACAUAUUUUUGUCAUAAAAAGUGCUGUAAGUACACAAGCAUUCCAGAGCACUAAUGCUAUGGUAAGGGGUUUUCUAUAUAGUUGUAGCACUAGGAUGGUGAUUACUUGAAAAAAUUCAAUUGCCUUAAAUGUUCCAAGUUGAUUUUACUUAAAAAAUGCAAGUUAUUUUGUUAUGUUCACUUAACUUAUUUAAAGAUUUACAAUGAUAAAAUAGUGGUAUAGGUGUCUCAUGUCAUCAUAUGUAAUAACACAGCCAUCUAUUAUACUGAAUCUUUUACUCCCUUAUUUAAAGUAGUCAACUAAUCUCUUUUACAGCGGCUUCCAGUGCCAUGAACUUUUAAAACAUAGAUUUUUACAUUUCAGCACAAAGGUCUGUUUACAAAUGUUUUUCAUUAAUGUACUUUAUAUAGUCUUUGUCAGCAAUUAUUAAUUAUUUUUGUUAUAUAUGGAAAAUUUGAGCAUUGGAAAAUUGUUAUGCUAAUAUUUGUUUUAGCAUUUUAUCAGAAUUAAAAUGAAAGAGUUGUCAUUUAGAGCUUUUAUAUCUUGUUACUUUUUUUCCAUUCAUCAUAUUAAAACUUUUUUUUUAUUCAGCCAAAUAUAGAUUUAAUUUUUUACUCUUCUGAAGCUAAAACUUUAGUAUAGUUUUGUCUGAAAUGGAAUCUGAACAUGUCUGGUGCCUUUGUUGUGAUUUUAUGCCAAAAAAAUGCUCUAAAUGACUACAUUUUACUUUAGAUUGAAUAUGAAACACUAACUUUCAUGCACUAAAUAACUCUUGUAUCAUUUUUUUGUGGUAUUUAGUGUAAUAAUUUAAGUGUAUAUUAUUUACAGGCCAUCAUCUUGAUUGUUACAUAUGAAAUGUGAUCUAACGAUAUGUUUAUAAUAAUAAUAAUAUGUUUUAUGUGAUGUACUGUUAUGGAUGAGGCCAUAUUUUAAUGCCAACAGCCAGUUUACUGUGAUUUACAUAAUCGUUCUGUGUCUCAGCAUAGUCCUUUUUUUGCAUGUAUUUUUUUUAAAUAUAUAGAAAUAUGUUAUUUUUGUAAGUGUGUAGAUUUCAAAAUAAAGAUUUCCUGCAAAGACA